UCCGCGUGUCUGUUUAUUCAUCUAUUUCCUCGGUCCACAUAACUUUUCUGUUUACAACAUGGCACCCCGGAAGAACAAGAACAAAAUUAACGAUGAAGCCCACUGCGCUGCCGCUGCAAACAAACGGAGAAGAAUUGAACUUAUGAAUACUACAACCGGGGUGCCUUUUACGAACCCAAUCUCCCAAUUUCUAUCCCUUGACCUUCUGCACCAACAACGCAAUCUGCCACCACAAACCACCGUUAUCCACACCGAUCUGAACCUCUCUCCACCAUCAGCAACACAUCAGGACGAAGAAGCGGCUGUAGACGAAGAUCAUUUCAAUUCUUUAAUACCACCACAAAACUUCCUCAUCGGCUAUCAUAUCAACCAGAUGCGACUGAGCGUGGAGGAAUUCUGGCGGAGAAACUUUGGAGAAGAAGUUAAAAAGAGACAGGAGAUCGAAGCAAAACUAAAACAGAAAGAAGAACUGGCGGAUCGGUUAAGACAACUGUACAAUUUUUAUGAAGAAAGGACGUUCCGAUUAGAAGAAAUGCUGCAGCGUAGGGUGGCAGAGGGAUGCAGCACCCCGGCUGCCGCUGUUCGUGAGGAAGAAGUUGAAUCAAAUUUUGUUGAUCCGAGAAGUGCCUCUAAAACGGACAUGGCUUGCAGGAACUGCCGGAGUCGGCGUGCAACUAUGCUGUGGCUUCCAUGCCGGCAUUUGUGCGUGUGUUUGGUGUGUGAGAGGAGGGUUAAGAUCUGUCCCAUUUGCGGUGCUAAGAAAACCGAAAGUUUCAUGAUCAGUCUGCCAUUACCUUGAGACAAAGAUCUUUAAUUUACAUCUCUUGAUCUAGUCGCA